UGCAGCAGUAGUCCAACCCAUCCGCCAUAACAGUCUGAUCACCGCAGUCCACCGAGCAGCACGCGGUAGCCGUUCACAGCAUAAUAAUAAAAUCCAAUCAUUCAGACGCUUUUACUCUUGCGCCGUGAUUUAGUCACGCAAAAAUCGAAAUUGGUGUUGUUAACUGCAGCGACCUUAACAGCUGUUCUCUAUUCCUGGCAACAAAAAAAACACUUCAACUAUGGAAGCGUCGACUUACUCGAAAGGUGAGAAAGUACUUUGCAAAUGGUUCGAUGUUUGGUAUGAGGCAAGAAUAAUCGAAGUCCGACCACUUGUUGCAGAAGAAUUGUAUGUCAUACACUACAUAAAGUUCAAAAAAAUAUGGGAUGAUACUGUAUGCGUAAAGCGGUUAAUGCCUCAUACGCCACACAAUUUAAGAAUUAUGAAGAAGAUUAAGAAAAUCGUAAACAAACAUGUAAGAGCUGGUAAAAAGGCUCAAAGAGAUGGAGUAAAAUAUGUACAUGAUCAAGCGUAUAAUGAAAGAUUAAGAGAAUUAAAUGCAGAUUUAAGACCAAAAGCUAGACAAGUGGUUAACAUCCACAGACCACCGCCCAAUUAUAAUACGAACGAAGUUACAGUAGUGGUAAGUCGUAUGGAUUUUUAUACGACGCACAGUUUACAGACUAAUAAGUCAAUUAACAUUGAAGAAACAGAAAUAAAAAAUAUCGAAUCUGUGCAAAAAUGUAGUAAAAAUGAUAACGAUAUUGUUGAUGAUACUAUUAAUGGUCAUAUGGUAGAAAUAGACGGCGAAUUAAAGAUGUUAGGGAGUUUACUAAGAAACCAGUUUGCUCAAAAUAAUGAAAACAAUGUUAUGGAGUUACACAAUGGACAUGAUGAAAAUCAACAGAUAUCUGAACUGUCUGUGCAGUCUCAGCCUCAGCCUGAUGUAUUAAGUUGCUGUGUUCCAUUCGAGAGCAUGAUAAAUUCUAGAUCUCCUUUAUAUACUAUUAGUGAUGGAGACAUUCCAAUUCCUGAGUCCAUAGUAGAAAACAUGGACACUGAGUUAACCAAUGGUCAUAACGAAAACCAACAAUUACCAGAAUCUCAAGAGUCUCAGUAUGAUGGCGCAUUAAAUUGUCGCGUUUCGUCAUCUGUAGAAGAUAAUGUUCAACUUCUCCAAAAUAAUACAUUAUCUAAUAACGAUAUUCAGACUAGAAAUAAUAAAAAGGAAAGCAUACCUGAAAUAACACUAAAGAAUGAGGAAAAAAACACUUCAACUCAGCCCACAGUUAUAAGAAAAAAACAUUCUAACCACCAGAUGUACCAAGUAGAAUUGAAUACAGAGGGCAUGCUAAAUUCUAGUUCUCCAUCACAUACUGAUAGUGAUGAAUGCAUUCCAACGUUUUUGUCGGCAGCUGAAUACAUGAAUACAGAGUCGCCUAAUAAUUAUUAUGAAAACCAACAUUUAUCUGGACUAAAAGUACAAGAGCUCCAGCACGACGCUUUAAAAAGUAGAGUUUUAUCACCCGUAGAAAACAAUGUCUAUUCAUUCCAAUCUAAUGACGAUUUUCAAACAAAUAAUAAUAGUAACAAUAAAGAACUAUUACCAAAUGAAGCUACAAAAAAUACCAAUGAAGAAGCCACUGUUAAAAUGCUGAAUAAGAAAGAGGAACAUACGACGCAAAAUUUACUAUUUGAGAAUUCAUUAAAAACGAUUAGCACACUUCCAGAAACAACCGGUACUUCUGAAAUCAAUACAGUGGAUUUAAAAAUGGGAAAACAUUCUUUUGUCAGUCUACGAAAUUCUCGGUUUUCUCCGCCUCAUAAAAACGACGAAGAUAUAUCAUGUCCCAUGUCUAGAGUCGAUCAUAUAGAAAUCAAGUUGCACAAUGGUAAUCAUGAAAACCAAAUAUUCUCUGAAGUACAAGUACAACAGUCUCAACCAGAUGUAUUGACUUGUUGUGUUCAAACGUUUGUAGAAAACAAUGCCAAGCUUCUCCAACAUAAAAUAUUAUCUAAUAAUGAUAUCCAAACAAAUAGUAAUGAGUUGAUAGGGAACCAAACAGCCAACAAUGAUAUUAUGAUGACAGAAAUACAAUUAAUAACAUUGGAAAAAGGCGAACAGCAUAUUAUGUCAAUAAAACCUCAUAAGAGUGCUAAAAUUGUAAAAAGUAACUACGUUAAUCAAAUGCAUCUAGUAAAAUCAAAUAAUGAAAAAAGUCUAUUUGAAAGUCAGCUUUAUUCCAGGUCUCCUUCAUAUCAUAUAAAUGAUAAAGAUUUCCCAAUUUUGGUGUCCAGAGUUGAACAAAUGGAUACCGUGUUGACAAGUGCUCAUGACAAUAUUCAACAAUUAUCUGAACUACAAAUGCCAGGUUCUCAGCGUGAUGUAUUAAAUGGUGGUAUUUCUUUACAUAUAGAAAACAAUGCAAAUUCACAUCAGCAUAAUAUACUAGUGAAUGGGGUUGUUGAAACAAAUAAUAAGGAGAUAUUACAAAAUCAAACAGUUAUUAAAGAGUUUGAUGUUUCUCAAUGCCUGAAUGAACAUGUAACUCAUGAAGUUUCAAACAACAUUACUUUUUGUGCUAAUGAAAUUCUAAACAAUAGCCAAUGUAUUCCUAUAUCAAAUAUUAAUGAAAAAAAACGAAAAAGAAAGAGUAGUUACGAAGAUAUAAAAAAAGCAAAACGAACAACUCAUAAAAAUCAAGACAGCUUGGUCGAUCAUGUUAGUAGAUCACAAGUCAUCAAUAACUACACACCUUUGUCCAUUUUUAAUCCCACCCCAUUUAUAUCAACGCCGUAUCGCACAACAUUUAAUAAUAGAAAACAAAAUAGAAGUAAAAAGCUAGAACAAAUUGUAAGUCAGUUACAAACGGGAAAUUCUAAAAAUAUGCCAAAGUUUAAUAAUAAGACCGUGGUUACCAAUGGAAUAAUUAGUUCUACCCAACUGGCCGGAGAAGGAUGUUCUCAAGUGCAUUCUUCAACUGAAACCAAACAUAUGGAAGUAUCUCCUGUAAUUGUCAAAAAAAAUAAUAUUAGAGAUAUAUUUGCAGAUCCACAUGGAAAUUAUGAUAGUAGCAUGGUAAACUAUACCUUACAGGAAUCUGAAGUGAUAAAUACUCUGGAUAACAUGUUUAAUAUGAGACAAUCGGGUCAAACUCAUCCUUCGACAAACCCCGAUACAAGUAAUUCUCAUAAUACACUUCCCAGGUCAACGACAUGUGUACAAACAACUUCUAAGAAUAGUAUCCAUAGCUCAAAACAUCGACACUAAAAGGUUUUACUGUUUUUUACUUAUAAAUAAAAUAAUUAAAGUAAAAUUAUAUAGUAAAGACAACAGUAUUCUUAUUACUCAAAAUAUUUUUUUGUUUCACGUUCAAUCACGCCGAUAGUAUAAUGUGUUAUUACUGACUGAAUUACAAUUGUCAUCCUAACCUAUAUUUUGCUUCUAACUUGAAUUUUCCUUUAGUCAUAUUAUAUACUAAUUACACAUAAGUUAAAUACAUUUAGUUUAAUAUAAUAAUAAUGUAACUCUAUAUUGGUUGUGUUAAUUAUGUAUUCAACGUACGAUAAAUCUAAAACUCUAUAUAUUUGUAAUUUAUUGUACUAACUUAACUGUUUUUCAAUACAAGACAACAAGCAAUAUCUAUUAUCUAUUAUUAUGUAUUUACUAAUUCACUAACUUUGUUAUAGGUUAAGUAAAUUAUUUAGUUAUUAGUUAUUAAUAAGAACUUGAAGUAAUUUUUACUCAUUUUUUUGAAAUCUAAUUAGCAAUUUUUAUGCAAUGUAAUUUUUUACUAUAUGAAGUAAUACUGAAAAUUUGUAACAAUAUUGCUUAUUCUUUGUGAUUAUUAUUAUUAUAUAUAUAUAUAAGUAUUUAAUUUAAUUUUUCUAUUUCGGAAAUACUUAAGAGGAACCUAACCUAACCCCCUCCCUAUAGAAAAGAAAAGUAAAAAAAUGUGAUUUUAAAUGUUGGUUAAUAAGCUUAAUGUUACGUUUAUCAAAGAAUUAAUAUGUUAUUGUCUCCAAAAUCUUGUCAUCUUUCGUUUAAUGUAAAAUCAUCACAAAGCGAGUAAAACGCAGUUUGCGUAGGUAUGUUUUAAAGCUGGAAAAUUGGGUGUAUAACGUCCUCUUAAGUACUUGCGAUAUAAUUAAUAACCUUAUUACUUUAUUAUGAUAAUUAGUAGUAUUACUGUUACCUAUGUUACUAGUAGUGUUCUGAAUAAAAUCGAUUUAUAGAAACUAUAA